ACCUAGACACAUCCAUGCUCGCUCUCACUCUGUCUCCAAUUGCUCGAUGCUGCAGCUUCCGUCACUUUAUUUCGAGCAGCAACCGCAGCAACAGUCAUGGCGACAGUCGUCCAGCCGCUCACACUGGACAGAGAUGUGGCUCGUGCUAUUGAAUUACUGGAGAAACUGCAGGAAUCUGGAGAAGUGCCAGUUCACAAGUUGCAGUCACUGAAGAAGGUGUUGCAGAGUGAAUUUUGCACUGCUAUUAGAGAGGUCUAUCAGUAUAUGCAUGAAACCAUAACCAUCAAUGGCUGUCCAGAAUACCAGGCACGGGCGACUGCCAAGGCUACGGUGGCAGCCUUUGCUGCAAGUGAGGGUCAUUCCCAUCCACGAGUAGUGGAACUACCCAAGACUGAUGAAGGUCUGGGCUUUAACGUCAUGGGAGGAAAAGAACAGAAUUCUCCAAUUUAUAUUUCACGCAUCAUUCCUGGUGGAGUAGCAGAGAGGCACGGGGGCCUCAAGCGAGGAGACCAACUGCUGUCUGUUAAUGGAGUGAGUGUUGAAGGAGAACACCAUGAAAAGGCAGUGGAACUGCUGAAGGCAGCUAAGGACAGCGUCAAGUUGGUAGUACGAUAUACUCCAAAAGUACUUGAAGAGAUGGAAGCUCGAUUUGAAAAGCUGAGGACGGCACGCCGCAGACAGCAGCAGCAACUCCUCAUGCAACAACAGCAGCAGCAGCAGCAACUGCAGACACAGCCAGCCCAGCAGAAUCAUAUGUCGUAGGUUUUUCUUCAGGAAGAAAAAUUAGAGGAGAUUUGCAUUCAAGACAAAGCAAACAAACCCAGAAGGAUCAUCUGCAUCUGACAGAGGUUUAAUGAGUAUGAAGCUAAAAAAAAAAGAAAGAACUGGAAAUAACUGUAUGUGACUUUGUUUAUCCAAGCCUACUGUGUACCUCUAGUUGUUAGCAGUUGUGAAAUGAAAGCUACGUGGAGCCAAGCUGAAUUGUGUACACUGGUGCUCUUAAAAAUGACAUAUGUAUAAAUAUAUUUAUAUAAAUAACCUCAAACAAAGGAAGCAGAAAUUCUUGCUAUUUUUCAUUUUACUGUAAUAGUUUGUGAAUAUGGAUUUAUUAAUCUUUUCAACAAAUGAAACACCCUUUUAUAGGAUUGUGAUAUUUCCUUGUUGAUUUGUUUUGCUAGAAUUUAUAUAUUAUUUAUUUCUGAUACCGCCUUUGUGAAUCUCUUAUAUAAAUUAUGUGAAUGAAUAUUAAACUGUGUGUUUAAAAUCAUUUAUUUUAACAAAUGUAAUUUUAAUAGACAAAGCAUGCAAACUUGUCAAAGAUGAUUUCAAUGUAAUUUUAUAAAUAAAUGACAUAGUAGUUAUAAAGGGUUCAUUAUUUAUAGCUGUGGUUGCCCAAGCAGUGGUUUUUUAUGUGUUUAUCACAUUGUUUCUAAUAUGAUUAUAAUAUAUCUUUGGUAUAUGAUAGCAAAUAGUUUUCAAAGGUUUACAUCCAUUUUCAGAGCCUACUUACUCCUGUUUCAACCUGGGAUCAGAGCCAUUCAUGAGCAAGGCCAUAACCCGAGUCCUUCACUGGAUACCAUCACACACUAACACCCAAGAUCACUCGUUCUAGGCUGGUUUAGAGUCACUGAUGAUCUUUAGCUGCACAUGCUUGGGAGACCAAUUAGAGAAAUCCCACACAGACCCAGGGAAAGUGUGCAUACUCCACACAUCCAGCAACCGAAACAGGAUUUGAGCUCAUUUUCCAAGAGCCGAGAGGCAGCCAUGCCAAAUAUCAUGUCAUCACACCGCCAUCAGAUAUAAUCAGUGAGGUCUGAUCUUUGAAUAUAGUAACCAUACGUUAUAUGUAUCUUCUACAAGAAAACCAUCAGGUAAAGUAAAAUGUAUAGACUGCUUAUUCUUUAUUAAGUAUCAUUUAUUAGACUGAAGAGGUUUCACUUUUAUCAGAUGAAAUGCUACAUAGCUGCCAAAAUAUUUGCCUGUUUAAAUUUUAUUUUGUUACACAGUCUAUUACCUGGUGAAACUCGACAAUUUAUUUACGCUUUCUACCCAGAAAGAGUUAACAUUUGUUAUUAAUUUAAAACAGAAAAAAGACAAAUAAAUUGUGAUGGGUGAAACUGUUUUUACCAUUCUAAACUGAAAAAAAAGACCAUAACACUCCAUGAGUUUAUUAAGAACUUGGAAUUUAUUCAACCAAAAAUACACAAAGCAAGGGAGAUAAAAGGUUAGAUCACAAAGCCACAAAUAAAGAAAAACAGAACAUAAACCCUAACAACCCAGAAAGCAUUUGAUAAGGUGCCACAUGAGAGGU